GUCCUAUGUCACAUCAUUCUUCUCGUUUGGUCAAGGUCAGCCGUCUGGCCCCGAAUCGGCUGACCAGGCAAGUGAGACGUCAAAAUCCGUGGUUGACAAGCUCUCGCCGCACUCCCCAGUCCCAGUUGCUGCUCAUAAGUCUCUGGAACAGCCUAAGAGCUCCUGAGCCACAAUUGCGCGCUACUGUGUGUUUGCACGACCACCUUGUUUUUUGGAUAUCGAGCAUAGACGUCUCUUUUCUUUAUAGAUACCCUUCUUACAUGAGCACGAGGUCAGUAUCGUGGAAAAAUGGCGAUUGGAGUGGUUUGGAAGUUUAGCAUGUAUUGGCAUAUAGAACGUAACUUGCAGUGUAUAUACGAUAUGAGCGAGCCGCUCCCCUCUCUUCUGCCGUUUUUCCAGUCGUCAAGACGCGGUUGUGUAUAUAUCAUUUACUCUCAGCUCAAGGACAUUUUGAGACCAAGAUAUGGCAGAACAAUCAUGGCAAAAGUCACUUCAGAUUCCACUCUAACAGUAUGCUUUUCCCUUCGGACUCGACCGGUGUGGCCAGUUCUCCAUCCAGUGCUCAUGUCCACCUCUGGGAUUCGACUGCAAGAAGCCCAUCUAGAGACCCAUGACUUCAGUUUCAGCAUUCCCAGUACGCAGGGAAACAGAUCAUUGCGCAUCCUCCUCCUAACCCCCUCGUCCCUUUCACCCUCCGACAAAGCAGAGACCAUCUACAGAAUCGAGCGCCUUUCUUCUCCGCCAGGAGGACAAGACGUCCUUAUUGCGUUCCUCUUGUCCGAGAAUGCAUUUACGUCUGCUAGUAGACGGUCCAACUUGGCACCGUUACUGGACCUUCAAGCUCUACUCGUCUCAGAACUGCCGAGUCCGCAUUCGAUCCCGAUAGUCCCCAUCGCGGACUCCUCCACGUUCCUCUCGUCGAUGCAGGAAUAUAUAUCCGCUCUCACGAACCCCCCACGGCUUUCUGUGCCUCGUGAACCCGUAACGUCCCUACUGGCGCACAUGACGACGUCCGCUCCGUAUCACUUGUUAUCAGCAGAAGAGAGCAAUAUACUGACUGAUCUGUUUCCGUCAUGGCGCGAGUUGAGUCGCGCGGUGAGGUCGGAUGAGGGCCGGGAGUUGUUGAGAGAGUAUUUGGAGCUGGAGACGGUGAGGAGAAUCGUGGAGUUCUGGGAGGGUAAGACGUAGCAGCUGUAGGAGAUGUGGACUGAGAUUAAUGUAUUUACAGAAUAGAUAUUAUACGAUGUUGAAGGCGACUGCUGUAAAUCGUAGUACCAGUAUUCGUAUAGUGUCUGAAGUGUCAGAUCGGGUACGUACGCGUCAGUG